UAUUCCGCAAUCGCAGAGUCUUCAGCAAUGUUUCGUUUGACAGACGUAUCCAAAUUCACGAUUUCGGUCUAACCAUCAUCAUCAUCGUUAGGAAGAUCCAAACGCAUCAUGCUAGAACCGCUAAUUGUACUGACAGUGUUGAACUGCUUCUUCAUGUUCAGCUCGACAGUGACAACCUGCGCGUUAUGGUAAUCAAUGUUAUCGGAAUGUUCUGUGCUUCAUUCUCUUCAGCAACGAAUCGAUACCCAAUAGGUGGCAAUAUCGAAGUCAUCGAUGUUGUUUCAAAAAGGACACGACAGCAGCGAAACACGACCUGUCGAAGAUGAAGACACAUCCCGGAAAAUCGCCGAAGAGAAACGGGAAUGGAAGGCAGGAGAGCGUCGUGAAUGGAGCAGAUCGUAACAGAUCUAAUUCUACCGUUCAUCGAGAUAGCAGAAGUUCGAGGAGGAACUCGAGACAGAAAUCGAAGUCGAACACGAAGUACCUGCUGCAGUAAAAUACCCAACGGGGAAGAUUUGUCUUCGAUGUAAAUAUUAAUUUAAACACGUGGAGAGGUGGCUCGACAAUCAAUCUACCAUGCGAUUUCAGAUUUGGUAGCGGAGAUUUAGAAGAAACAGCAAGAAUGUCGGAAGCUUCUCAAACAGUCAACGAUACGAAAUCCGCUGUGGUGAUGGAGUAUUCGACAGUGCAGAAGAUCGUACAGAUUUUAGAGGAUGAUGUAGAUUUGUCUGCUACAAGGAUGGCUAUUAAAGAAUUCAAUAAUAAACACCAUCAUGAUGACAAGAAAUUAGAACAGCAUGUUGAAGAAAAGUUUGAGACUGUAACCGUGCACGUACCGGUCACUGAAGAACGAUUCGAUAGUAUCGCGUCAUAA